CCAGCCAUACCACCACCCAGCACCAGAGCAUCUUCCUGUGGUCGGUCCUCGCUCUCCGUCCCACCAGGAUCCGUGGCGAGUGGGGGCCGCGGCAGCUGCGUCCCCAUGAGGAGGGGAGGAAGAUGCCGGCUGAGCUGCUGCUGCUGCUGAUUGUUGCCUUUGCCAGCCCCAGCUGCCAGGUGCUCUCAUCACUGCGCAUGGCUGCAAUCCUGGACGACCAGACAGUGUGUGGCCGUGGUGAACGUCUGGCCCUGGCCCUGGCCCGGGAGCAGAUCAACGGGAUCAUCGAGGUCCCAGCCAAGGCCCGAGUGGAAGUAGACAUCUUUGAGCUGCAGCGGGACAGCCAGUACGAGACCACGGACACCAUGUGUCAGAUCCUGCCCAAGGGGGUCGUGUCUGUCCUGGGGCCCUCCUCCAGCCCUGCAUCAGCCUCCACCGUGAGCCAUAUCUGUGGGGAGAAGGAGAUCCCCCACAUCAAGGUGGGUCCCGAGGAGACACCGCGCCUGCAGUACCUUCGCUUCGCAUCCGUCAGCCUGUACCCCAGUAACGAGGACGUCAGCCUGGCAGUCUCCCGAAUCCUCAAGUCCUUCAACUAUCCCUCGGCCAGCCUCAUCUGCGCCAAGGCUGAGUGCCUGCUGCGAUUGGAGGAACUGGUGCGUGGCUUCCUCAUCUCCAAGGAGACGCUGUCAGUGAGGAUGCUGGAUGAUAGCCGGGACCCCACGCCGCUGCUCAAGGAGAUCCGUGACGACAAGGUGUCCACCAUCAUCAUUGACGCCAAUGCGUCCAUCUCCCACCUCAUCCUCCGUAAGGCCUCGGAGCUGGGAAUGACCUCAGCGUUUUACAAGUACAUCCUCACCACCAUGGACUUCCCCAUCCUGCACCUGGACGGUAUCGUGGAGGACUCCUCCAACAUCCUGGGCUUCUCCAUGUUCAACACCUCGCACCCCUUCUACCCCGAGUUUGUGCGCAGCCUCAACAUGUCUUGGAGGGAGAACUGCGAAGUCAGCACUUACCCGGGCCCCGCGGUGAGCGCCCUUGUAGAGUAUGAUGGGCUGACUGGGCGAGUCGAGUUCAACAGCAAAGGGCAGAGGACCAACUACACCCUGCGCAUCCUAGAGAAGUCCCGGCACGGCCACCGCGAGAUUGGGGUAUGGUACUCUAACCGGACCCUGGCCAUGAAUGCCACCACCCUGGACAUCAACCUGUCGCAGACACUGGCCAACAAGACACUGGUGGUCACAACCAUCCUGGAGAACCCGUACGUCAUGCGCCGGCCCAACUUCCAGGCCCUGUCAGGGAAUGAGCGCUUCGAGGGCUUCUGUGUGGACAUGCUGCGGGAGCUGGCCGAGCUGCUGCGCUUCCGAUACCGCCUGCGGUUGGUGGAGGACGGGCUGUAUGGGGCACCCGAGCCCAAUGGCUCCUGGACGGGCAUGGUCGGCGAGCUCAUCAACCGGCAGAAGGCAGACCUGGCUGUGGCUGCAUUCACCAUCACCGCUGAGCGGGAGAAGGUCAUCGACUUCUCCAAACCCUUCAUGACCCUGGGGAUCAGCAUCCUCUACCGAGUGCACAUGGGCCGCAAGCCUGGCUACUUCUCCUUCCUGGACCCCUUCUCCCCUGCUGUGUGGCUCUUCAUGCUGCUUGCCUACCUGGCCGUCAGCUGCAUCCUGUUCCUGGCUGCCAGGCUGAGCCCCUACGAGUGGUAUAACCCACACCCGUGCCUGCGGGCGCGCCCCCACAUCCUGGAGAACCAGUACACACUGGGCAACAGCCUCUGGUUCCCCGUGGGGGGCUUCAUGCAGCAGGGCUCGGAGAUCAUGCCCCGGGCGCUGUCCACGCGCUGUGUCAGCGGAGUCUGGUGGGCCUUUACCUUGAUCAUCAUCUCCUCCUACACGGCCAACCUGGCCGCCUUCCUCACCGUGCAGCGCAUGGAGGUGCCUGUGGAGUCAGCUGACGACCUGGCAGACCAGACCAACAUUGAGUACGGCACCAUCCACGCUGGCUCCACCAUGACCUUCUUCCAGAAUUCACGGUAUCAGACGUACCAGCGUAUGUGGAACUACAUGCAGUCAAAGCAGCCCAGUGUGUUCGUCAAGAGCACAGAGGAGGGCAUCGCCCGUGUCCUCAACUCCCGCUACGCCUUCCUGCUUGAGUCCACCAUGAAUGAGUACCACCGGCGCCUCAACUGCAACCUCACCCAGAUCGGGGGCCUCCUCGACACCAAGGGCUACGGCAUCGGCAUGCCGCUGGGCUCCCCGUUCCGGGAUGAGAUCACGCUGGCCAUCCUGCAGCUUCAGGAGAACAAUCGGCUGGAGAUCCUGAAGCGCAAGUGGUGGGAGGGGAGCCGGUGCCCCAAGGAGGAGGACCAUCGAGCUAAAGGUUUGGGCAUGGAGAACAUCGGCGGCAUUUUUGUCGUGCUCAUCUGUGGCCUCAUCAUUGCUGUCUUCGUGGCAGUCAUGGAAUUCAUAUGGUCCACGCGGAGGUCGGCAGAGUCUGAAGAGGUGUCGGUGUGCCAGGAGAUGCUGCAGGAGCUGCGGCACGCGGUGUCCUGCCGCAAGACGUCGCGUUCCCGCCGGCGCCGGCGCCCGGGCGGCCCGAGCCGGGCCCUGCUGUCGCUGCGCGCCGUCCGCGAGAUGCGCCUCAGCAACGGCAAGCUCUACUCGGCCGGCGCAGGCGGGCGGGCGAGGGACAGGACUUGUGCCCCGGCGCGCCGGACGCCGCGUUUUUGCCUUCGGUUCCCGGUGAAGUCCGAGGUCCGGCUCCGGAGCCUGCCUGCGCCCCCUAGUGGGCUUGCCGUGGCGCCGCCACUUUGCGGAGGCUGGGGGGCGGAGAGGACAGCUGCAGUACCGGGGGCGGGGCCACGGGCCAUCCAUCAGGACGGCGGCGCCCCUGAUUGGCCGGCGCCGGCCCCCCCGCGGGCGCAGGCAUAUGAGGAGGCGGAGGCGGCGGCCGCCGCAGACUGUGCGGUAGGGCUGCCAGACCGACGGACGGACGCGCGCACCGAGGCGCGGGCGCUGCAGAGGCCCCCAGCUCCAGCCUGCGCCUGA